GGCGCGUGGAGCCGGCGGCAGCGGCGGAUCUGGAGCUGCCGUGCUCGGUAUGGGCCCGGCCGUGCCCCGCCGUGGCCGCGGUUGUAGCAAAAGGGGGUACGCAGGCCAGCUGGACUCUGCAGGGAGCUGUGGGCUGCUGAAUCUCCGUGCUGUUGGCACUGCUGUCAGCCUGUCACAGGAUGCUCUGAGUGAUAGCUGGAGUCCCUCUUGCUUUGAGAAGCAGAAUGACUGUCUCGCAGCACUGUUUUGAGGAGAAGGCGUAGAAGGUCUGCCGCUGCACCUUCCCCAAGGUGUGUAGUAAAAAUGGUGCAGAAAUACCAGUCCCCAGUUCGAGUCUACAAAUAUCCUUUUGAGCUCGUCAUGGCGGCCUAUGAGAAGCGCUUUCCUACGUGUCCAGAGAUCCCAGUCUUCCUAGGGAGUGAAAUCCUGCAUGAAUCCAGGAGUGACGAUGGAGCUAUACAUAUCAUUGAACGGAGCUGCAAACUGAAUGUGGAUGCUCCUAGGCUGCUGAAGAAGAUUGCAGGGGUAGAGUAUGUUUUCUUCAUCCAGAAAAACACAGUGAACUGGAAAGAGCGAACUCUCCGCAUUGAAGCCCACAAUGAGACUUUUGCCAACCGAGUUGUCGUCCUCGAGACAUGCAGCUACUCGGUUCACCCUGAGAAUGAAGAGUGGACUUGCUUUGAACAGUCUGCAUCUCUCGACAUCAAGUCAUUUUUUGGCUUUGAAAGCACAGUGGAAAAAAUUGCAAUGAAGCAGUACACUUCGAACAUCAAGCGGGGCAAGGAAGUGAUUGAACACUACCUGAAGGAAUUGAUCUCCCAAGGGAUCACUUUCAUCCCCCGCUGGACGCCUCCCCCAGUGUGUGGACAGAAGGAUGAGCGAACCCCGGCUGUUGGACACGAUGCUUAUGACGAACCACUUGAGUCUGGGGCUCGUGCAACGACCAAAGAGCAAAGUGGCAGCUCCUGCCCUGCAGCAGAGGCUGUCAGCCCUGAUGCUGACAAAUUGGAUGCUGAUUACAUUGAGCGAUAUCUGGGGCAGCUGACUCCAAUGCAAGAGAGUUGCUUGAUCCGCCUUCGCCAGUGGCUUCAAGAAACGCACAAAGGCAAGAUCCCCAAAGAUGAACAUAUCCUUCGAUUUCUGCGGGCUCGUGACUUCAACAUUGACAAAGCUCGAGAAAUGCUCUGUCAGUCACUGUCUUGGCGAAAGCAGUACCAGGUGGAUUACAUCCUGCAGUCAUGGAGGCCCCCAGCCCUCCUAGACGAAUACUACACUGGAGGAUGGCAUUACCAAGACAAAGAUGGCCGACCGCUCUACAUCCUUCGCCUUGGCCAGAUGGACACAAAAGGUUUGGUGAAAGCUCUGGGAGAGGAAUCACUGCUGCGACAUGUCCUGUCAAUUAACGAGGAAGGGCAGAAGAGAUGCGAGGAAAACACCAACAUCUUUGGCCGCCCCAUCACGUCCUGGACAUGUCUGGUGGACUUGGAAGGACUAAAUAUGCGGCAUCUCUGGCGGCCUGGGGUUAAGGCCCUGCUUCGGAUAAUUGAGGUUGUAGAGGACAACUACCCUGAGACUCUGGGGAGACUACUGAUAGUGCGAGCACCCAGGGUUUUUCCUGUGCUCUGGACUCUGGUCAGUCCCUUUAUCAAUGAGAACACAAGGCAGAAGUUCCUCAUUUACAGUGGGAAUAACUACCAGGGUCCAGGGGGGCUGAUAGACUACGUGGACAAAGACGUGAUCCCAGAUUUCCUGGGUGGAGACUGCAUGUGUACUGUCCCAGAAGGUGGACUUGUUCCCAAGUCACUUUAUCAAACAGAAGAAGAGUCGGAGAACUCGGAUCACAUUCGGUUAUGGACAGAAACUAUCUAUCAUUCUGCGAGUGUCCUCAGAGGAGCUCCACAUGAGAUAGUUGUGGAGAUUUUGGAAGGGGAAUCCGUCAUCACCUGGGACUUUGACAUCCUGAAGGGAGAUGUGGUGUUCAGCCUCUUUCACUCCAAACGAGCUCCUGAAACAAGUCAUAAAGAAGCCGCGUUACCGAGUACCUCUGCCGCUGGGGACAACACGCAGCUGAUUGACAAGACAUGGGUCCUUGGGGUGGACUACAGCCGGGUGGAAUCUCCACUGGUUUGCCGGGAAGGAGAGAGCAUCCAGGGAUCUCAUGUGACCCGCUGGCCCGGCUUCUACAUUCUGCAGUGGAAAAUGCACGGCCCUCUGCCCUGUUCUGGCACCAGCCUGCCCCGGGUGGAUGAUGUUCUUGCCUCUCUGCAAGUUUCCAGUCACAAGUGCAAGCUUAUCUACUACUACGAGGUCCUCGCGUCCAAGGACUUCAGGGGAUCCAUGUCGAGCCUGGAAUCUUGCAACAGCGGCUUUUCCCAGCUGAGUGGAGCCACGACAUCUUCCAGCCAGUCCCAGAGCAGCUCCCAUCUUUCCAGAUAGCAGGGCCGAGGCGACGCCGGCAAGGAAAAAUGGCUCGGGGCUUCCUGGCCGCCCUGGAGCUGCUCUGUGCCCCAAACCAAAGAGCCUACAGGGGCUGAGCCUUGAGGCAGUCGUUCGCGUGGUCGCAGGUAGCAGCCAUUUGGACACAGAGAGGCUUCUGGGAGCUAUUUUAAACCAAAAAAAAAAAAAACCAAACGAAAAAAAAAAAAACAACAACAAACCACUUUAGAAUUCGAAUGGCAGAUUUAGAAGUUUUAUAUCAGAUGCCUACUUCUCAGUAGCUUUUCUUUCCAUGAGUUGUGGGUUUGGAUGAAUGGCAGUUUGCAUGAAUCCGUGUUAUUACUCGACUUUAAAAGGGCUCUUUCCAAUCAGUCCUUUUCCUACGCGUGGUAGAGGAGACUGAUGUUGCCUUAUCUGUUUGAUCUGUAGGACUAGAUUAUUCCUGUGUAGCAAAACUCGCCUAGUUUGCUGGGUGCCCAGGGUAAAAGUUGGGCAUUUCAGGCGCCAGGGACUUGAAGCAAACUGUAAAUACCUUAAUACAGACAGGAUGUUUCAGAAAUCAGUUCCAGGUCAAACUUAAAACCUCUUCCAGUCUGACAGGAUGCUAUUAGGAAAUGUGUUGAUUUUUUUUUUUUUUUUUUAAACCCACCGAGAUACACAAAAAUCAAAAUGUUUUUUUAGGAAGUGCAGGUGGAGAACCUGCCUCCAGUAAGCAGCAUCUUUCUUAAAGAUAGACUAUUUUUCCUUUUUCCUCAGGUUUACAAGCAAUAAGGAGCAGAUCUGACCCAUCUCAUCAAAGUGGAUGGGGAACUGAAUCAAAUUAUAAAGGGCUAAGAAAAGCAAUAUGUUUAUUUCCUGAAGGCACAACAUUUUAUGGCAGUAUUAUACAACUUGCUUCUUUAAAACGUGAGCUAACUUGAAGAGAAAACUUUUUAAAAAAAAAAAAAGCAUGUAUGUAUUUAAGCACUCACUGAGAUGUAUUUAUUCAAAUACUAGCUUAUUUUAAGUUAAUUUUUAACUUAUUUAUCAUUUCAAAAAUGACUAUUUAUUAAAUCCAGUCACCUUUUUUUUAAUGGGACGAACUUUUUUUUAGAAAGGAAUAACUGAUUGUCUUCAACCCCAAGAAAUCUUUCUACUUGUUCUGAUCUUUGUGGUCGCUGGAUGUUCUUGCGUUAAAGGGCUGUAUCGUCGAUAGCGCUUGGGGUAAGGGCUCUGGCUCAUCUUUUCCUGCAGGGAAAGGUUAGUCCAAUGGUUUUUUUUGGACUCUAGAGGGAUGUUUCUUAGGAUUAAGAAGCAAUAUUGAGUUUCAGGAGUUGUAAGUAGAUAACGUAUCUUUGCAACGCACCAAAAAUACUCUGUGUGUCCAUAAUUCCUGAUGAUUAUUCCCAAAAGUAGCUGUGUAGCAAAGGCGCUGGUGGCCCAUUGAUCAGGUUGGGGAGCAAAGUUACCCGUGUUCGUGUCUAGGUGGGAACCAAGUGAGAAGAGGCAUCAGACCCUCAGCUGCUGCUGGGCGGUAUUUGCCACUGGCAGGCGUGCAGGGCUUGGUGCGGACGGAUGUCUGCUUUUGGGAUGCAGCUGUGCUGCGUGAAGGCUCCUCGCAGAGGACCACGAGGGUUCUGCCCUGCGAUGCUUCGGGUGAUCCCAGCCGAGUGGCCACGUCACCCAAUGCGGGGAAGUGUGGUCUGAAGCGAGUGAGUUCCUAGUUCCCCGGCCGGGAGCGGUGCGAACGGCUCUGGGCUUGGGACGGGGGUGAGCCGAAAGGCGGUGGAAGGGCGGUUUCUCCUGCCAGCACAGCAAUCCACGGGUCCACGGCCAUGUUUCUCAGUAAAGACUUGGAUUUAUUUUCUUCCCCUCUCACCGUGUCUUUAUUAAGGUUGAUGGGAUCUGUGUGGCUAACAUCAUACAUGUAAAGUAGUUCCUUCUAACCCCGCUGCUUUAAUUAGUGGUUUUGAAACACCAGGUAUUGACACGGGAGAAAAGAGCCCCCAGUAUUUGGAGCAAUGGGAGGUGAAGAACUUGAGGUGUUUAUGUAAGUUGCUUGGGGUUUUGUUUUUGGUUUUGUUUUUUUAAAGGAUUGGAGUGAAGGAAAUGACUCUGCCACCUUGCCCCCCUCGCUGCGAGAGCAGAGCAGGUAACUGCAGUUAGACGGGGCUCUGGGACAGUUCUGAUUUCGGGGUUCCCCACUUGUUGUGUGGAAUUUACCAUUUCUCACAGACAAAUGGAACUUGUGUCUCUGGCAUUUCAGCAUAAUUGGAGUCUGAUAGAGCGGGGAAAAGUACUACCUUUGCUCUGGAAAAUCAGGAGUUCUGGAAUUGGAGCAUGUGUGUAUUCCUCAUGUAAGAUCCCUAUAUCUCUCAAUCUCUUAGCCAAGAGAGUUUCAAACUGCCUCCCAAAGCAUCGAGAGCAAACCCAGCCCCAUCCUCCCCAUGCUGUUUUGGGAUUUCAGCUUCCUGUGGCUCGAUUCUUACGUGGUUGGUCACGUCCCGUGGUGGUAACAUUCCCGUUUCCUGCGUUUCCCUUGGUCUGCUCUGGUUAAGAAUCUCUUCCACUGCACUGCAUUUUUAUUUUCUUUAGUUUAUUUUUAAAAUGAGCUGUUCUCCUCCCACCAGUAAAAGUGUUGGGUGUUUUAACUCUUGUCGGUGAGGCAUCUGGAACUUGGCCUCCCUGGAGGUCUCUGAACCAGGAGGUCAGCAGGAGAUGAAGGGCUGGGCCAGAGGAGUGUUUUGCCUCCCCCGCCGCCAGCUCCGGGGAAAUCACGGCCCUCGUUUUUCCCCUCGUUCCUCCCGGGUGCCGCUCCUCUGCCCCACAAGAGCCUGCUGCACCCCUCUGUUUGGGAGGCAGCUCGUCAUCUCUCCCUGGUCCAUUUUAAGGCAAAUUUGCCUGGGUUGUUCCACCUACCAAUUUAUUUCGCUACCAAUUUAAAUAAUCCAAUAGGGAUUUCCCCCCGCCCCCCCCCCUUUUUUUCCCCUGAAUAUUAAUGUAACAGGAGAAAUGGGGCAGCAGCCGGGAUGAUGUGGCUGAUGCUGUGCUUUUUAAACCUAACUAUGAGAACUGCAGAUACAAGAGAAGCAGAAUCCUUUUAAAACACCUUCCACCCCCACCCCCCCCCGGCUACCUAAAAUGCUAUCAGUGUGCUUUAGAAAAUAAACCACGCUGUUUUCUUCACGGCAAACCUCUCGUGAGUUGAGACUUGGGAGGAGUUUGGGAUUCUCUCAUAAAUCUCGAAGCCGGAACCUUGAAAACUGGGACUCCAGUUCUGGGGGGCUGAGCUAGGGACGCAGCAAGGCCCCCCGCCUUGCUCCCCAGCAGGAUCCCGGCAUGCGGCAGAGUCGCUGAGCUUGGGCUGUGCUCGAGUCACUGCCUGGGGACUUGGCAAACAGCCCCUCGGCAAAUUGGGGCUCUCCCCCGUUUCAGAGAUUCCAUAUGCAAAACACAGUAGCUACCUCAAAGAGCUGUUGCCAUGUUUAACGCGUGAUAUGAGAUCUCAAGAGAAAGGACGCUGUGGGUACAAAAUGUUGUGCCAUCGUUUACAGUUAAAUGUGUGAAACCUUUAUUCGGAGCGAUUUCUACGGGUUUGCCCCAUCCUGCCCAUGUACUGGCUCCUGUCCCGGUAGGACUGGGAAAGGCAGACAUGGAGCACAUCACCACUGGGAUGGAUGUCAGACGAGACUUGGCAAAGCUGCAAUGCAGCAGUGUUUCGCCAAAACGGCUCAUUCUGCUGUCUUUCAGGUUUGAAAAGGGCUUUUUUUUUUUAACUGCGGCAGACAGAGGAGCGUAGCUUUGCGGAGGGACAGGGGGGUGGCUGUAGCCCAGGAAGGGGCUGCUCCCAGGGGUGGGCUGUAGACCAGCACCCUGACGUACUCACGCUGUCAGCACCAACAGCGUCUCCUCGAUGCUCCUCAGCUUCCCGUGUACUUGGUGCUGCGGGAAGAGCCGCUGUUGCGCGGGGGGAAUUGGGAGCGACGCGGCCGCUGUGGCUGCCCUGAUGUGUUUGCUGCAGUUGUAGACACAGCCUUGUUCCCUUCAGCCCUAGGGCUGGCUGGGUCGCUUGUAUCCAUUCAGUACCAGGACAAAACCCGGCUUUUAAUAAGAAUUUAAAAUACCGAUUGAUGUAUUCAUCAAAAGAUUUUGCAAAUGCCAUAAUGCAGGCAUCUGAAACGCCUAACACUUACUGCAACUCAGCACUCCCGCUGGAAGCGGUGAGCCCCGCCAUCAGCUCAGGUAUGCAGUCGCUGCGGCCGGACACGCUACAGCCAGUCCCGCGUUUCGAAACGCAUUUUACUGGCUCAGGCUUCUUUAUUUAAUACCUGAAAUGUUGAUACUGUGAACCAAACAAUGCAAGGAACAGAGCUCUUAAGAGUCUUAAGGACUAAAAUUGACAAAAUUUGUCAAACAUUCCUGCAUGCUGUUAGCUUUAAUCUUCUUCUAACACGUUUGUGAUGAUUCUUAUGUCGAAUUACUUAUCUUUUGGGAGGCUAAAUUGGAAUGUGAAACGCAUUGGCUUUUAAUGAUACCAACUUCCACUUCCAAGCUCUUAGUUACGUAUAAGUUAAAUGGGCAUUACUUUUUAUUUUAGCAAGCACUGUCUUACUUUCUCUCCCUUGCGGCUGUCUUCAUUUUUAUUUAUUGAAGGCUUGAUUUUUCUCAGCCAAAAAAAAAACCCCAACCGUUCUUGAAGAGCGCAUGGGCGAGAUGCAGAGUGCUUUUGUAACGUCUUACGUGAGAACCGAUGUACUUCGUUACGGGACUGGGAGGUUCUGGGAGGAGCUGUACAUUUCUGUAUCUUGGAAAUAAAGGAAAAAAAAAAAGCAGUUUUAAAGAA